GCAGUCUUUCCUCGCGGCCCCAUGUCCGUGUACUGCGUUCAUGUAGCAGUUUUGUAAAGCAAAAAUCUCAGUGUCGUGUAAAGUCCUGGUUUACCCUGAAGGUCCCUUACACGUGGGAAGAUAAGCGAGAUGUUUUGAUACCACCUGCUGGUCCUUACAGGAGGGGCUGUGGACAGAGGAUGGAACAGAUUCCCAGCACAGGCCUUGUGAUCUUGCCCUCAGUCUCCUAAAAGAACCCCAGAAGGGCUUGUUUUCUUUGUGAAGGAGAACAAUCUUUAUAGGUUCCUGGGCUUCCAUGCCCCUCACUUCAGUUCCCCUUGGUCAGAUAAUUUAGUGCACCCCAUUCCUCCCCACCCCAUGAAAGGAAGAGAUUGGGCCCGAGCUUCCUUAGGUGUGCAUGGCUGUGAACGGGCUGAUUUAUUUAUUUCUCAGUCCUAGAACAAAUGCCCCCCGCUUACACAAGGAUUGGGUGCUGGUCAUUUAUUUCUUUAUCUACUCAUACUUUGUAACUUGAACUGUGCAUUUCUUUAAAAAACAAAUUGGAAAUGCUGACGAGCCUCUGGGCUGGUCCAGAAAAGCCUGUUCCACCCCAUGCUAAGAGGCAGUGCUGCCAGGUGAGCAGCGAGCACGUGGUGGAAAAUAAACCCCUUGCACAUUGGGGUGCUUGGGCUCAAGCCGGGCACCUGGGCUCAUACCUGGGAGGGGCGUAGCAUUGGAGCUUGUGCCUCCCAGUGGUGCUACCUGCUGCAGAGGCUGUGGGGCAGCCCUGGAUCCCAGCUCUUCUCCACCCAGGUCCAGCCCCAGCGCUGUCGGCAGGAGGCACCUGGCCUGGCCUGCACCUCAGGGACAGUGAGGAGAAAGAUUUCCAUCUGCCGGGAGAUGCCCAGCCUGGAAGUGAUGACCCUCAGCGUCAACAGCGUGUCGAGCCUGGAGGCGGUGAGCCAGUGCCAGCAGCUGAGCGAGCUCUACCUGCGCAGGAACUGCAUCCCCAGCCUGGCCGAGCUCUUCCACCUGAAGGACCUGCCGCGCCUCAGGGUGCUGUGGCUGGCCGAGAACCCCUGCUGCGGGGCCAACCCCCACCUGUACCGCAUGACCGUGCUGCGCAACCUGCCCGGCCUGCAGAAGCUGGACAACCAGGCUGUGACCGAGGAGGAGCUGUCCCGAGCCCUGAUGGAAGGGGACGAGAUCACGGCCGCCCCCUCCCCAGCGGGCCCCCAGAACGGCAGCCCCGGCCCCUCCCAUGCCCUGGGCUCCGAGGACGGCCCCGGGGAGACGGGCCGGGUGGCGCUGUGCUACAGCGAGGGGACCAGCAGUGCACAGGAGCAGGGGGGCCCGAAGCCGCCCUCGCAGUUCCCGUUUCCUGCCUUCCCCCAGAGAGAGGCCGCGAGCAGCUGGAGGAGCAGGAACAACGUCCUGACGGCCAUCCUGCUGCUGCUGAGGGAGCUGGACGCAGAGGGGCUGCAGGCCGUGCAGCAGACUGUGGGCAGCCGGCUCCAGGCCCUGCUCCGGCAGGAGCCACAGGAGGACACCCAGUGACCGCAGCGGGGGCCGGGGUGCUGCUGUGCCCCCCCUACUGGCCUCCCCACUGACCCCCAUACUGCCCCCCAUGCUGGCCCCAGCAGCCAACCUCUGUUGUCGCCCCCGUCUCUGUCCUGAAGCCCCAAGCAUAUCCCUAGCAUCUCCCCCAGCAUCUCCCCAGCCCCUGGGAGGUAGAGGGCCCCGGUCACUGCCACCACCCAUACCUCAGCCCUCGGCUGGAGUUGGCCACGGAUGGGGUCCCCACGCCUGGACCCCCAGACCCUGCCCUGUGCUCACGGCCGUGGAGGAGUCCAUGGUGGGGGGGUUGGGGAACUCAGGCCUCUGGCUGAAGCCGCUAUUUCUGAGGCUCAUCUUAGAAUGGGGGGCUUUGAGGGUGAUUCUCCUCAAUAAAGUAUUUUUCCAAAACCUGA